AUGAAUCAAAUACCUCAUUACAUAAUAAGUUUAGCAAAUUGUCUCUCACAUACUCCAUUUCAACAUGUUGAACGUGAAAAAUUAGAGCAAGCAAAAUCAAAGUUAGAAGAAUUAUCAAAGAUAAUGCAUGAUGAAAUAAGUGAAACAGAACAUAUUCGAACAAAUUUGGCUAUUGAACGUAGUAUUACAGAAGGAUGCGACGUAUUAUUAGAUGUUAAUCAAAUUCUAUGUCGACAAGAUAGUCUUGUAUUAAUAACAACAGAAAAAAGUAAAAGUAUUGGACAACGUUUUACGAGAGAAAUGCGUCGUAAUGAAGCAAUAGUACAAUGUUAUCUAUUUUCGAAUCAUUUAAUAUUAACAAUACGAGCAUCGAACGGCAAACUACAUCUUGUCAAAGGCUGUGGCUGUAUUUCUUUGGCUGAUGUAACACUUGUUGAAGAUAUUACAUCUGAUCCACAACAUUUUUUAGCAUCUGUCAAUGAAGAAGAAAAUCAAGACGAUUUAAUUACUACACUGGAUUUUAAUAAAUCUGAAAAUGUUGAUGAAAUGAAUCGAAUGUUUCGAUUAAUUGUUGAAGCACGUGAUCAACCACCGUAUUCUACUACACUAUUGGCCAAUGAUGAAAAACAAAAAUCAGAAUGGUGCACAGAUAUUGCUCAAUGUUUACAAAAUUUACGUUAUACAGAAUUAGUUCAAUGUUCAUUUAGAAAUGAAUCAUCAGUUGUAAUGCCAGAAUCUGUCAAAGCUGAUGUGAAAUUAUUUAAAGAUGAUUCAGAAAUCAAAUAUAGCAAAACACUAGAUUCAUGUAAAAUUCCACAGAUUAGAUAUGCAACUGUUGAAAAAUUGUUAGAACGUUUGACUGAUCUACGAUUUUUAUCGAUUGAUUUUCUAAAUACAUUUUUAUUAACGUAUCGAUUGUAUACUGAUGCCUACACUAUUAUGGAAAUAUUAAUCAAAGUUUACAAAUCAUCACCGCAUACGUCCGUUGAUACCGGUGAUGUCGAUAAAUCAGAUGGACAAAAACAAAAUUCUGUAAUUAAUGAAGAAGAAAGCGAACUGACACGUCUAGUAGUAGAAGGUUCAAGUAAAAAGACAAAUGCUGAACAAGAAAGAGAUCUUCGAAGACAUAGUCAUAUUGGAUCAUUUCGUCGAGGAUUGAGUAUUGAACAGCACGAUACAACAAUCACAACAGCUAUCGUGGAAAAUAUCGACACCAAGAAGACAAUGGUUCCAAGCACGGCAGAAUCAGCUGAUGAUAUGAAUUCACAUUUAGCUCCAUUAGCCUCAUUAGAAACACUAUCUGAUGUCACUGUAAUUUUAUCAAUGGGUGGUAAUGAUGCAAUGACGAUUAAUGGAUUAAAGAAAUCUAUUCCUUCAUCGUCCACAUUUGAUGUGUUUCGAUUAGAAACAAGUCAAGAACAGAGAAGUAAUCGUGAUUCCUUCGAAUGUCAAUCUGAUUCACCAUCACCGAGAAUAAGAGAAAGAAUGUCAUCAUCACAAACACGUGCUGCAAAUUUAUCUCAAUCAUCCUGUAGGAUUCGUUUUGGUACAGUUGAAGUUGCUGAUGAAUAUCACAUAAUUACCACUAAAGAAACAUGUAUAGAUGAAACAAAAACCGAACAAGUAUCACCAUCAUCAGAUAAUAUUCGUUCUCAAGAUGAUUCUAUAAAUGGUGCACCAAUUUCGCCACAACCGAUGCAAAUAUCGUCACAAAAUAUUCAGUCGUUAACUAAACGUCUUAGUGACGUUUUAUCAUCACCACGACAAAGUUUACGUAAUGCAGCUGAGGGAUCAUUGAAAAAGGUGUUACCAGGUGUUGUUGUGACAUCAUCAAGAUCAUCGAGACGCCGAAUUUCAUUGUCAGCAGCAACACAUGCGUUUGCCAUAGCUACGUCUGGAGAAUCACCAAAAGUAACAAGACACGAACGAAUAGGCAGUUCGACCGGUGCAGUUAUAAAUCAAGCAGCUCGAGAACAAAACGCAAACGAAUGGAUAAUAGUCAAUACAGCCGCAACAAUGAGAGUACUCAAUGUACUAAGGCAUUGGCUUACCACUUAUCCGCUAGUUCGUAUAUUUUAUAUAUUUCUAGAAUGCAAAGCUGAUUUUCAUAAAAAUGUUAAAUUGAAAGAAAUGGUGCUAGAAUUACUUCAGGAUAUGCUUUUAAGUAAUCAUUUGAUAGCGACUGAACAUAAAGCUGCUGUCUCAAUUAUUAAACAACUAGAAACUGAUGAGAUGAAUGAAAAAGCAGCACAAAUACAGUUGUUAUUAAAUCCAUCGUUACCUCCAGAUUUCGAACAAGCCACAUUUACCAGUUUAGCUGUGUCGGAGGUAGCUGAACAAAUGACACUUAUCGAUCAUAAAUUAUUUUGUUCACUUGGUGGCGAAGAAUUGUUAUUACAAGGAUGGAUGAAAGCUCGAGAUGACUUAGCUCCUAAUGUGGCAUUAGUUAGCAAAAGAUUUAAUGAAAUGUGUCGACUUGUUAUCACAGAAAUUCUUUUACAACCAACAAUUAAUGGUCGUGUUCAAUGUAUCGAAAAAUGGGGUACAAUUGCUGAUAUUUGUCGUUAUUUGAGAAAUUUUAACGGUGUUUUACAAAUUGUUGCGGCAUUCGUGAAUAGUGCUGUAUUUCGAUUAAAAAAUACAUGGGAUCGGAUAUCGAAACAAAACAAGCAGGUGAUUAAUAAAUUACAAAAUCUGGUUCAUUCAGAUGGAAAAUUUAAAAAUUUACGAGACACAUUAUCUAGACAAGUCCCUGAUUUCGAUGAGGAUGAAGUUUGA